GAAAGCUAUAAAAAUCCAAAUAAAAACCACCCUACCAUGUUCCAGAAACACCUAAAAACAACGCGCUCGCCGGCAGCUGGGGACGCAACUCUCUUUCUCUCCCUUUCUCACCCAUGGCUAGGGUUCCGAGCAAGCAUGAACGUGAUCAAGCUCUGGAUUUCCAGGGGUUUUUGAAUGACUUGCAGGAUUGGGAACUUUCGCUCAAGGAUAGGGAUAAAAAGAUGAAGCCACCAGCUUCUGACAAGAAGACUGGUGAGGGUAGAAGAUCAGCAGGAAACACUUAUGCAGUUGAUUCUUCAAGAGGUAGUUCAGGACAACAUGAUUAUUCAAGGAACUUUGAUGCUAUUGAUCGUAUAUCAAGUAGUUUCAUGACUGAAGAAAGCUCUGUGGAUGCUGCUUCAGAGAAAGAAUUGGGUAAUGAGUACUUUAAGCAGAAAAAGUUUAAGGAAGCUAUUGAAUGCUAUUCGAGAAGCAUAGCCUUGUCUCCCACAGCAGUAGCCUAUGCAAAUAGGGCAAUGGCCUAUCUUAAAAUCAGAAAAUUUCAAGAAGCUGAGAAUGACUGUACAGAGGCUUUAAAUCUGGAUGAUCGCUACAUAAAGGCAUACUCACGCCGAGCAACAGCUAGAAAGGAAUUGGGAAGAUUUAAAGAGUCCGUUGAGGAUUCAGAGUUUGCCUUGAGGUUGGAACCUAAUAACCAGGAAAUCAAGAAGCUGUAUACUGAUGUCAAAUCAUUGUAUGAGAAGGAGAUUCUCCAUAAGGUAUCUGGGGCAGUAAGAAGCUCUGAGCAUGGAACACAGAAAGGAGGAAUUUUGGAGGCAAAAAUUAAUGGACAUGAUGUCAAUUCUGUCUCAAGUGGAAGUCAAAGAACUGGUGUAUCUACAUGUCAAAAGGACAAGAAUAAGGAAAGUGUUGGAGAGGUUAUUCUUAAGAAGUCCUCAUCAGUGGAGGAAAUAAAAAACAAAAGCUCAAGAGCCGGAAGCAGAACUGAAAAUCAAGCCAAUGUUUCUUAUACCGAUGCUACUUCAAAUUCUCAUAUGGACAGUGUCCAGAGAUAUCAUCACAAAAUGGAAAACCAAAAGCUCAAGGCUUCAGUAGAAGAGCUUGCUUCUCGAGCAGCUUCUCGUGCCACGGCUGAAGCAGCAAAAAACAUCACCCCUCCAAAUUCAGCUUAUCAAUUUGAGGUUGCUUGGCGAGGUUUUUCUGGUGAUCGUGCAUUGCAGACUCGCCUCUUGAAGGCUACAUCUCCAAGUGCAUUACCACAGAUAUUCAAAAAUGCGUUGUCUGCUCCUAUGCUAAUUGACAUCAUUAAGUGCGUCGCCUCCGUUUUCAUUGAUGAUAUGAAUUUGGCUGUCAAGUACGUAGAAAAUUUGGUCAAAGUCCCAAGAUUCAACAUGCUAAUCAUGUGUCUUUCAGCUGCAGAUAAGGCUGAUCUUGUCAAAAUAUGGGAUGAAGUAUUUUGUGGUGAAGCAACACCAAUUGAGCAUGCAGAGAUUCUUGAUGACCUGCGAUCUAAGUACUGCCUCAAGUGAUGGCAGCACAGGUGUAUAUGGGAAAUUUGCUUCCUUUUUUUUGUGCUGUCUUCAUUAUAAAUUAUUCAUGCAACAAAUUCAAAUCCUCUACCUCAUCUUUGUUAAUCUAUAUGAUGAGAUCCAUCAACCAUUUAGGAUACUGAUGAUGUUCUUUUGCUUCGGGUUUCAUCACCUUUUUUGUUUAUUUAAUGUUUACAUCUAGUAUAUUCUAUGAACGGUAAACUUCUUACCGUCAAAUACUUGAAUGAAUAGAAACCUGUAUCUGAAUGUAUGAAGUUUGAAGCCAAAAGACAAAGAACCUGAAUGACAUGAUUACUCUUUUUCAGCUGAUAAAACUAUAGUUUUUUUGCUGCA